UUGUCAGUUGUGUCAUCUUAGUUUACUCGGCAUUCAUUUAUUUGACAUGCAGUCAUUUUAAUAGUAAAAUGUUCACUGUUUACACCUUUUCACGUGAAUCUCUUUAAUAAUGUAGCAAAUAUACGGUUGUAAAUCUAAAACAUAAGGUUGGCUUUUGGAUACCCAUAGGGUGGGGUUCGGUUGCAUUAAUUUGACACGCUUGUCUUUGCUUUUACGUGUGAAUGCAUGUGCACAUUGUAAAAAAAAAAAAAAAAAUGCAUGUUGGGUGGGGUUUUUAAAAAAAAACGGAAAGGAGUUCCCCGACAGAAAAUAUAUAUAUAUAUAUGACACGCACGCGCGCUCGUCAGAUUUGGCUCAUCGUCUAAAAUGAGGGAACAUCAGUGAGUGGCUGUUGACUUUACAAUAAGAUGUUAGCGCUGGCUUCUUUGCAGUGAGCACAUUGAGGUUAUGCUGCCCAUAAACUCCUGCUUGAGACUCGGUGAGAAAAAGAAAGGCUAAAGCCUGUCCAAAACAUCGUCGUGUUCAGCAUCUUCUGUGCUGCCCAACUGCAGUCAAACAUGAGUGACCCCGUGACAUCAGAUGAACUCAUCAACGCUGUGGCUUUAGUCAUUCACAAUCCCGAGUCAUCAACCUCACCUGUUCAAGUACCACAGAGGGAGGAUGAGGAGGAAGGUGACCUGAACAAAGCAUUAGGUGUUCAGCAUUUCCAGCAGAUCCUGAGCCCCACUUCCAGGGUUCCCGGAGAGCAGCACCGCACCUACAAUGAAGAAGACUUUGAGUAUCACCGUCACUCCUCCCAUCACAUCCAUCAUCCUCUGUCCAAGCUCCCGGGAGAUUGCCGGAGGAAGAAGAGGAGGAGGAGCAGCAGUAAGGACCACGGAGGGAUUUCUAGCCCCAUCACUACACUGCCCAUCGAGGAGGUUGAUGAUGAAGAGGAGGAGGAGGAAGAGGCUACUGAAAGCCAGAGUGCCACCCCAGCAUCAACAACAGACACUGAAAGAAAAGGCAAUGUACAGUUUUUUGUCUCUGACAAUCCUCAUGUGUCCACACCCGAGCAUUCACAUCCUCAUGCUGCUCGAAGUCUUCUAAUCAUCCCCUCCACUGCUGUGUGCUCAGAACCCCAGGACAGCACAUCUACCGAAACAUCUGAGACUGCUCCAGCAACCCCAAGCUCAGCUGAGCCCAAUUCUCUGCAUCGCGUUUCGAGCCGCAGCUAUGACCUUCAGGAGAGGCGAUGCACGGGCAACAUGACGGGUACCGACCAGGCUAAAUACCAGAGGAUCCCCACAGAUGAAUUUGAGGCACGAACCCUGGCCUCAGCCCAUCUCGACGGCAUUAAAAGCCAUCGUUUUGAAGAUGUUCCAGGGGUACGAAGACACCUGGUUAGAAAAAACACCAAAGGUCACGUGGUACACGUUAGUAAAGAUCACAAAGAACCAAGCACAUACAACCGUAAACUGGACCGAACACCACAUGAGGUGUUUGUGGAGCUGAAUGAGCUGGUCAUGGAUAAGAACCAGGAAAUGCAGUGGAGAGAGACGGCUCGCUGGAUCAAGUUUGAGGAGGAUGUUGAGGAGGAGACGGACCGAUGGGGUAAACCACAUGUUGCCUCGCUGUCCUUCCGCAGUCUGCUGGAGCUGAGAAAGACCAUCUCUCAUGGGGCGGUGCUGUUGGACUUGGAUCAGAAGACUUUACCUGGUAUCUCCCAUCAGGUGGUAGAACAGAUGAUCAUCUCAGAUCAGAUCAAAGCCGAGGACAGAGCCAAUGUCCUCCGCGCUCUCCUGGUUAAACACAGUCACCCUAGUGAUGAGAAAGAGCACAGCUCCUUCCCCAGGAACAUCUCAACAGUGAGUUUGGGCUCUCUGAUGCCCCAUCACCAGAACAGCAGUAUCCACAUGUCCAUCGCUGAACCCUUCGUCACAGAGCCUCUCAUGGGGUCCUCAAGGGCCAGUCAAGACAGCACACUUCACAUUGACAUAGAGAAGAAUGAGAAAGAGUCGACUCCAUCUACUGGCAUGCACAAAUCCAAAUCCAAGCAUGAACUUAAGCUUCUAGAGAAAAUUCCAGAAAAUGCUGAGGCCACUGUCGUACUGGUUGGCAGCGUUGAUUUCCUGGAACAGCCCACCAUGGCAUUUGUUCGGCUUCAGGAGGCUGUGCAGCUGGACUCAGUGUUGGAGGUCCCGGUUCCUGUGCGGUUUCUCUUUGUGCUGCUCGGACCUCCCAGCACCAACAUGGACUACCACCAGAUUGGACGCACCAUUUCUACUCUUAUGUCUGACAAGCAAUUUCACGAAGCUGCAUACCUGGCAGAUGACCGGCAGGACCUGCUCAACGGCAUCAAUGGCUUCCUGGACUGCAGUAUCGUGCUCCCUCCAUCAGAAAUGGGCGGAGAAGACCUCCUGCGUUCUGUUGCUCACUUCCAAAGAGAGAUGCUCCGCAGAAGAGAAGAGCAGGAGGUGGCCCUGCUAUCCAAAGAGCCCAAGAGCCUAGAGGACAAAGAGGCCUUGUUGGCACCCUUUAAACAAGAAGACGACCCUUUACGACGUACAGGUCGUCUGUUUGGUGGACUGAUCCGUGACGCCCAACGACGCUACCCAAAGUAUAUCAGUGACUUUAGAGAUGCGCUGAACGCCCAGUGCAUGGCUGCCGUCAUCUUUAUCUAUUUCGCCGCUCUUUCCCCUGCCAUCACAUUUGGAGGGCUGCUGGGUGAGAAGACUGAAGGGCUCAUUGGUGUGUCAGAGCUGAUAGUGGCCACAUGUAUUCAGGGCGUGCUGUUCUGUCUGCUCGGGGCUCAGCCGCUUCUGGUGGUGGGCUUCUCUGGACCAAUCCUGGUGUUUGAAGAAGCCUUCUUCUCUUUCUGUAAGAGCAAUAAUAUGGAGUAUCUGACAGGUCGGGUGUGGAUUGGAUUUUGGCUCAUCAUCAUCGUGGUGGUAAUGGUGGCUUUUGAGGGCAGCUUCAUGGUCCGGUUUGUCUCCCGUUUCACCCAGGAGAUCUUCUCUUUCCUUAUCUCACUUAUUUUCAUCUACGAGACCUUCUCAAAACUGGUCAAGAUUUUCCAGGAGCAUCCUCUAAAACGCUGCUCUGCUGUGAUUGAUGAUCUGAAUGGAUCAAUGUACAACUCAAGCGUGGAGAGCGUUACCUCAAGUCCAUUAUCGGUUAACAGCAGUACACUUGAGACAGUGAACGUUAUUGGGGAGCCCAAUACUGCUCUUCUCUCAUUGGUGCUCAUGUCUGGAACGUUCUUCAUCGCCUUCUAUCUGCGCAAGUUCAAAAACAGUGCCUUCUUUCCUGGCAGGCUAAGAAGAGUUAUUGGAGAUUUUGGAGUUCCUAUCGCUAUACUUAUAAUGGUUCUGGUAGACUACAGCAUUCAAGACACGUACACACAGAAGCUUAGUGUCCCCAGAGGUUUUUCCGUGACUAGUCCUGAUAAGCGAGGGUGGAUAGUCAAUCCUCUAGGCACAGAUGGUCAGUUCCCCAUUUGGAUGAUGUUUGCCAGCAUUCUUCCUGCUUUGCUCGUCUUCAUCCUCAUCUUUAUGGAGACACAAAUCACCACGCUGAUAGUCAGUAAAAAAGAGCGCAUGCUGGUAAAGGGCUCCGGCUUCCAUCUGGACUUGUUGCUCAUCGUAACUCUGGGCAGCACCAGCGCUCUGUUUGGCUUGCCAUGGAUGGCUGCAGCCACUGUGCGCUCGGUAACCCAUGUCAAUGCCCUUACUGUGAUGAGCAAAGCCGUCGCCCCUGGAGACAAACCUCGCAUACAGGAGGUCAAGGAGCAGAGGGUGACCGGGUUACUGGUGGCAAUACUUGUAGGUCUCUCAAUAGUAAUUGGAGAUCUCCUGCGUCAAAUCCCCAUUGCUGUGCUCUUUGGCAUCUUCCUGUACAUGGGUGUGAUGUCACUGAAUGGGAUCCAGAUGACAGAACGCAUUCUGCUGCUCCUGAUGCCCCCUAAAUACCACCCCGACCACACCUAUGUGCGCAAGGUGCGGACGCUGAGGAUGCAUCUGUUCACAGCUGUGCAGAUUGUGUGUCUCGCUGUCCUCUGGGCGGUAAUGUCCACCAUGGCUUCGCUUGCCUUUCCGUUCUUUCUCAUCAUGACUGUCCCUGUUAAGAUGUUUCUCUUGCCACGCAUCUUUAGCGCCCGAGAAAUGCAGUGUUUGGACGCAGACAAUGCAGAACCCACAUUCGAUGAGAAGGAGGGACAGGACGAGUACACAGAGAUGCACAUGCCAGUUUGAGCCACUCCCACCUGUAUGUUAGUCACACUGUUGUCCAAUAGUUGCCUUUUAAGUUUCAAAUAAUCAAAUAGAAAAAAACUUUUCAUCCAACCUCAUCUCAGUCCAGCAACAACAAAGACUGAUUUUAUGUGUUUUCUUAGAGGGUUUGUGCUGCUACAAUACCAUUUAGCCUUAACCAAGUGUAUUUAUUGCUUAUGGGAGAAAGUAAUGUAUCCUUAUUGGGUUAAUUGGAGAUUCUCAACACAACAUGUUGGAUAAAUGCAAUAUUAUACUUAAGUGUUUAGUGAAAAUUCAUGAACUUGAAAGAUUGCCAAGGACCAUUUCAUCUUAUAUAAAUGUGUGUGUGUAGUUUGUUUUUAAAAAAUCUAUUGUUUUGUAUUUGUGUUCUGGCUUUUCUUUCAUGUUUUGUUAUAAAUUCCAUUUAUGACCCAGCAAAUAUUGUUAAUUCGCACAAUCAACAGUAUUAUUAUUUUAUUUUUAUUUUUUUGCGCAAUGUUGCCAUGUAGUUAAGUUUUGUUCAGCUUUGCAUCUGAGCAUAUAUGGUUUCUGCUUUUUAAUGCACAAUAUCCCACCUUUUUGAUGCAUGAAACUGUCUGCUCCAAAAAUGUUAAAUGAAAUGGAAAUACAGUAACUCUAAAUGCUAAACUGUCAUUAUAAGAUGUGAAGUUGGCGUACAUAUAUAGUGCAGUUUUGCACUUGACCGUUACAUAGAGUCCGCAUCUCAUUCUUGUUAGUUUUGGACUUCAUUUUAGAGGAUAUAUUUAGAGGCAGGUGGUUUUGGAGAAUUUCUGAUGAGUUUUAUCUUGGAUGGAUGGACUGGUGGUCUAGUUUAGUGUCUGAAAAUCCAUAUAAAGAUAGAAAAACAAGCAAUGCAGUCUCGUAGAUGUUAUUUAAGGAAUAGUUAACCCAAAAAUGAAACUAUUGUCAUUAUUUACUUACCCUCAUGUUGUUCCAAACCUGCGCGACUUUUUUUUUUUUUUUUUUUUACCAUGGGACACAAAAGCAGAUGUUUGGCAGAAUGACAGCCAAAUUCUAUUGCAUCUAUGAAAAAAAAUACAUCCAAUGAAAUUGAAUGGUGGCUGAGACUAACAUCCUACCAAACAUCUCCCUUUUUUUUUUUUUUUUUUUUUUUUUUUUGUAAAUGACAGAAUUACACAUUUUGGGUGAACGAUCCUAAUAUUAUUAACUUGCGUUUGGGAGUUAAAAUGACUUUUCUAAUUUUAUUUAUUUAUUUGUUUGUUUUUAAGAACUGUACAUGUUAAAUGAUAAAUUGCUUCUUUCUACCACAAUUUUAAAGUCUUUUCUUGGGCUAUUCUUGGACCAUUGUCUAUCUGAUUUAGAUGCAUAUGUUUUUUUUAAAUGUUACUUAUUUUAAAACAAUAGAGGAAAACAAAGUUAAAAUUAACACAAGUAGAAGCCCAUUUUUUUAUCAUUAUGGAUGCAGUUCUAAACAAAGUACAGAUUUUGAUUUAGUAAAUUAACAUAAAUGUAAAAAAUCACUACUUUUCCCCACAAUUCACUAGUUUCUCUUUGCUUCACUAGUACAGACAGUUGUAUGGUUAUUAUGGAAUUGAUUUGCACUAAUUAAUAUCGAUUACUACAUAUACAUACAAUUUCACUUGAAACAUUUUGUGCACACAAACCAAAAGGAAAACAUGAUUAACAAAUUUUACAACAGUUCAGUUAAGGUUUAGUAUUUCUUCGGUUAAGCAUGUGUUAUGUUUUUUAUUUUAUUGGUAGAACCCAUUUGUUUGGAAAGGCUCCUCAUUUUUCUCAUUAUGUUUUGUUGUAAACCUUCUACUGUAGUUAUUGGAAGGGGUUCUGGAUUUUAUCAUACAGCUGUGCUUUUAAAGUAUAAAACAUUUUUAUGUCAGCAGAGUGCUUCAACGUACCUUCCAGAUAUGGAUGUGUGAGACACUUCAGAAUUAUUAGGGUCUUUUAACAAUAGGACAUUAUGUUGCACAUUUCUUUAAAUGUAUAUAACAUUAGCUUAUGUAUGCACUAACUAAUGAGUGAGACUGGACUCAAAACUUUGUAGGCCUUAUAUUUAUUUGACUAGGAAAGUGCUAGAUGUUUUAUGUCAAUAUUUGUACGUACAAAUGAUUAGAGAAUAUUUUUAUAAAGUUGUGCUAUCUGUCAAAGCGUAGUCGUCUAUUAGUACAUCAGGACAUCUGUGUUUCAAUCACAGCAUAUUGUACUUUGUCACUGUUGUUUAUUUUUCACAUUUCCUCUGCCCGAGUUCAUCGACUAGUUCCAUGUUUGGGUGCCGCUGUGUGUAGACAAGUUUUGACCUGCAGAACAGGAAUGCAAUCUGAUCAUAGAACAGCACUUUUGAGGUUGUGUUUUGAAUGCAGACCGGAAUAUUUAUUCAGUUCUGUGCCUUUACUGGAAUUGUGUCUGUGGAUGUUUAGAGGCUUUUGUUUGUUGAUGGUAUUUAUGAAUGCAUAAUGGGGGUCUAAGACUGUUUAUGAAGGUUAAAUGUUGUUGUGGUGAUUUUUAACAUGAUACUGAUCACAAAUAUAUAACUUACAAUAGCUGAUAUGUGGCAAAGGGAAGUGAGGGUCAUUUACCAUUCUUGUCAGAUGAACAUUUUUAUGCAUUUGGUGUUAUUUUUGUAUUUUAUAUUUGAUUUUUAAAAUUUAUUGUGUACAGAAUGCAGUAUUUACAGCAAAUUUUAAAUGUGGCAAAUAAAGUUGAUUUUUCUAUUUAA